AAGAGACAAGAAAUCUACAAUCUGCACUCAGUGUGGAAAGAGUUUCUCAACCAAACAACAUCUUGAUGUUCACAUGAGAGUUCAUACAGGAGAAAAGCCGUUCACAUGUGAUCAGUGUGGGAAGAGAUUCACACAAAAAGGACAAAUUAAGGAACACAUGAGAGUUCACACUGGAGAGAAAUCACACAUAUGUGAUCAGUGUGGGAAGAGUUUCACAACAAAACAAAGUCUUGAGAUUCACAGUGCAAUUCAUACCGGAGAGAAGAAAUUUGCAUGUAAUGAAUGCGGCAAAACAUUUCUCUGGGCAUCAAAUCUGAAGAAACAUCUGACAGUUCAUACAAAGGAGAAGCCACAUUCAUGUUCUGUGUGUGGAAAGAGUUUUUCACGGCUGUAUUAUUUACAAGAACAUCAGAAAAUACACACUGGUGUGAGAGAGUACAUGUGCUUUGAGUGUGAGAAGACGUUUACUGCAGCAAACAGUUUAAAACAUCACCAGAGAAUUCACAAUGGAGAAAAACCUUUCAAGUGUUCACAGUGUGACAAGAGAUUCAUUCAGUCAUCAUCUCUGAAAACACAUGAGAAGAUCCACACUGGAGAAAAACCUUACAAGUGUUCACACUGUGACAAGAGAUUUAAUCAGUCAGGAACACUGAAAACACAUGAGAUCAUCCACACUGGAGAAAAACCUUUCAAGUGUUCACAGUGUGACAAGAGAUUCAAUCUGUCAUCAUCUCUGAAAACACACGAGAUCAUCCACACUGGAGAAAAACCUUACAAGUGUUCACAGUGUGACAAGAGAUUCAAUAAGUCAUCAUCUCUGAAAAGACAUGAGAGGAUCCACAGCAGAGAGAAACCGCACACGUGUGAUCAGUGUGGAAAGAGUUUCACUUUUAAAAGUGGUCUGCGCUCCCGUCGCAUAAUUCACACUGGAGAAAAGCCUUACACCUGCCAGCAGUGUGGAAAGAGUUUCAGUGAGAAAGGAAACCUUACAGCCCACAUGAGAAUUCACACUGGAGAAAAGCCUCAUACCUGCCAACAGUGUGGAAAGAGUUUCAGUCGAAAAGGAAAACUUGAAAUCCACAUGAGAAUUCACACUGGAGAAAAGCCUUACACCUGUCAAGAGUGUGGAAAGAGUUUCAGUCAUAAAGGAAACCUUAUAGUCCACAUGAGAAUUCAUACUGGAGAGAGCCCAUUCGCCUGCCAACAGUGUGGAAAGCGUUUCAUUGGAAAAGAAAGCCUUGACAUCCACAUGAGAUCUCACACUGGAGAAAAGCCUUACAACUGUCAAAAGUGUGGAAAGAGUUUCAGUCAUAAAGGAGGCCUUAAGCGUCACAUGAGAACUCACACUGGAGAAAAGCCUUACACCUGCACUCUGUGCGGGAAUGGCUUUUCACAGAAACAUUCCCUUAGGGAACACAUGAAUAUUCACACUGGAGAAAAGCCUUUUACAUGUGAUCAGUGUGGAAAGAGUUUCACACAUAAAUUGUCACUGUAUUUUCACAUGAGAAUUCACACUGGAGAGAAGCCAUUCAUGUGUGAUCAGUGUGGAAAGAGUUUCAGAUUAAUGGCUAGCCUUAAGGAGCAUAUGAGGAUUCACUCGAAAGAGAACACAAACAGAAAAUCCUUGUUUAACCCCUGAAAACAAUUAAUUUCUAACAGUCAAAGUCCAUUUAACAAAUAAAAGAAAAAAAGUAGUGUGUAUGUGUUUAAGUUAGUUUUGUAAUAAAACAACUGUGAAUAAGUAAAUAAAGUUUGUGACCGUU